CCCUAGCCAUCUCUUCUCGCGCCCCCCCCCAUUUUUUCUUCAUUCCCCUUCCUCUUCCUCCUUUCCUGCAGGGAGAGCGAGGGAGCGUCUCCGUGUGAACCCCCAAGUCCCCAGUCCCAGAAAGGGAAACAAGCAAAGCAGUAGGAAGGGCGGAAGAAAGCAGCAGCCAUGCCGCCCAAGUUCGAUCCAACUCAGAUUGUCGAGGUCUACGUCCGGGUGACCGGCGGCGAGGUCGGAGCUGCGUCGUCCCUUGCCCCCAAGAUCGGUCCCCUCGGUCUCUCCCCCAAGAAGAUUGGAGAGGACAUCGCCAAGGAGACGGCUAAGGAUUGGAAGGGCCUUCGCGUGACUGUGAAGCUCACCGUCCAGAAUCGGCAGGCCAAGGUCGCUGUGGUGCCCAGUGCUGCCGCCCUUGUCAUCAAGGCCCUGAAGGAGCCAGAGCGCGACCGCAAGAAGACCAAGAACAUCAAGCACAAUGGCAAUAUCUCCUUGGACGAUGUUAUCGAGAUCGCCCGUGUCAUGAGUCCCAGGUCCAUGGCCAAGGACCUUGCCGGUACCGUCAAGGAGAUCCUCGGCACCUGCGUCUCCGUCGGCUGCACCGUCGACGGCAAGGACCCGAAGGACCUGCAACAGGAGAUCACGGAUGGAGAUGUGGAGGUCCCAGAGGCCUAAAAUGCUUCCCUGGUCAUCUCCUCACUUCGCUUGGAGUAAAAAUUGAGAUCGAUUCGAAAGACAAAGAGACACUUCCCUUUGCUUCUGAAUUCUAUUUUCAUUUGUUUGUCUGUCACUUGAUAAUUAAAGUAUGCUUCUUUUUGGAUCCUCGGAGAAAUUUUGAUUUGUAGGCGGAGAAGGGAAGAGAACGAACUGUUGAUUGCUUUGUUUUCUUAUGGUUAGUUUAUAAGCGAUGGAAAUUUCUUAGUGUAGCUUGAAACUUUUUAGCAUUUUGACUAUGUUGGAGUGGAUCAGUGAGUAAUCUCUUUUCUGAUA